CAUCCACCAGUUUGCCCAUUUCUCAUUCGCAUUCGCAUUCCCAUUCCCAUUCCCAUUCCCAUUCCCAUUCCAUUCCUCAUCUCAUUUUCUCGUUUCAUUGCCACUGACCCAACAACAACAACCAACAUCAUCACACACUCGAAUUCGCAACCCAAUACACCUCUUCACGAUCUUCUUCUUCUUCUUCUUCUUCUUCUUCUUCUUCACAGGGCUUCCCCCUUUCCCCCCACCGCUAAUACUCUCAACCAAUCCCCUUUCAAGUUUCAACCCACUACCCUUUAUCUCUUUCCCCCAGAUUCAUCGCCUUCUUCCCUCUUUCUCCAAAGUUUAUGCGUGAUGGGGGAGAGAACCCCACCUGGGAGUUACUUCCAUUACCCUCCCCCUUCUGCUCAUGCAUCCCCUCACAGGACUCCUUCCAUCCCUUUAGAUCGGGAGAGGUGUCUAGCGGAAUUACUGUCAGAGAGACAGAAGUUGGGUCCCUUCGUUCAAGUUUUACCUCAUUGUAGCAGACUUCUGAAUCAGGAGAUCAGACGUUUAUCAGGCCUUAAUCAAACUUCUGUGGAUCAUGAGAGAUUUGAGCAUGGCAGUCCUUACAGGUCACUAGGUCAGCUAUCAAAUGGAAGACCAAUGGACAUGGAAGGUUGGCCUCCAAUGCAAAUGGAGGGAAGUGGACAUGUCCAUGGUAUGGGUCCCCUUCAAGCUCAUUCAAUGGGUUGGCCGAGGGUGCAAGGAAUUCCUACUACUCCAAUAGUUAAGAGAGUCGUUAGACUUGAUGUACCUGUUGACAAAUAUCCAAAUUAUAAUUUUGUUGGACGACUUCUGGGACCGCGUGGAAACUCCUUGAAAAGAGUUGAAGCCUUGACAGAAUGUAGGGUGUACAUAAGAGGCAAGGGAUCUAUCAAGGAUGCUUUAGAGGAAGAGAAACUAAAGGACAAACCUGGCUAUGAGCAUCUUAAUGAGCCCUUGCAUCUGUUGGUUGAGGCAGAAUUUCCAGAGGAUACAAUAAACGCACGCUUGGAUCAUGCAGUGGCAGUUUUAGAAAGUCUUUUGAAACCCGUGGAUGAAUUGCUGGAUCAAUAUAAGAAGCAACAACUAAGAGAACUUGCACUACUAAAUGGCACCCUAAGGGAGGAAAGUCCAAGUAUGAGCCCGAGCAUGUCGCCAUUUAACAGCACUGGGCUCAAACGAGCCAAGACAGGGAGGUAGGAGUAAUGACUUCGGACAACAAGCAUCAUCGUUCACAAACAACACCACGGUAGCUGUUUUCAUGAUUGAAUAGGAAGUUAAUGUCUUGAGAGCUUUUGCUGCCUUUUUACUCACCACAAGGUCAAGAGUUCUGCUGAUUUUACUCUCUGCUAAAUCUGAUAGGCGAUCUGCUUAUUUGGCUGACCACUUUUUUCCCUAAUAUGAUGGGAGGGAAGGAGAAAACCCCUCCCCCCCAAUUGAACAUUAUUUCAUUUGUUUUUUACUUCCCUUUUUCUCUAAGGUAGUUAUUUAAUUUAGGUUAAAUUAUAAAUGCAGCCCCAUAAACUUUAAUGGGUUGUGCCAAUUUAGUCCUUAAAUUUAAUAUGCUCUCUGAACUACAGCAUUAGACUUCAAAUUGUGAUUCUAUGUAGUUUCUGAUGGUAACAGAGUUGUUUAAAUGUGGUCUAGCUACUCAAAAAAAUCCCUAAUUUCUAGUU